AUGAGUGUUAAAUUAUUUCCCAAUGAUAGGUUCGGUUCAUCAGAUAAGUACGACGGACUCAAAGAUGCCGUAGAAGAAUGCUCGUGGCUCAUCGAAGAAAUUGUCAAACCGCAACUGCCUAACAUCAUUGAUAAUUUUUCUAAAUGUUUGGAAAUGCUAGAGAGUGAUCAAAUAUUUAAGAUGCCCGUAUCUAAUGGUAUUCCCAACGAAAGCAGCAAACAGAAUGACUCACCGACGGUCAAAGGUGUUAUCACGAGGCAAGGCGAGUAUAUUAUCGAUUUCCAUAUAGUGGUAAGAUUUCCACAAUUCCAAAGGGGUAAACAAGUAAUGUUCCGAAUGAAUACAGGGUUGAAUUUUUUACUCGUCCAAUUCAGCAAGAUAACUACCCACUUGAAGAAUAUUCUGGAAUUAUUGGACCAACUCCAACUAACCACAGAUGUUAGUGAAUUCGUAACCAAAUUUGGUGUCGCCAUGGAACUAUUAAACCAUUCCUUAAUACUUCUACAAAACCCUCCUAGAGACUUAGUGUUUCCAGAGGAUAACAACUAUGCCAUGAAGGAAAUGUUUCAAGACUGCUAUACCGUUUGCGAAUCCACAGCUCAUAUUUUGGGUCUAGAACUGACACUUUGCCGAAAUGAGCUCUGUAUAGAAUUACGAAAUCUUGUUAAGGUGACAAAGAAACCUUGGUGCGAGAUCAAUAGUAAAACCGGCAAGUCGUUUUGUGACAAGAUAAGAAAUCAAGUGACAAAUGAAAGACACAAGAACUUGUCCAAAAUUCUCUUAGAGAACGGUGUUCAAGUCCAGGAUUCCACCUUACUUAACCACCUCAUUUCUUCUUUUCAAAGCGAAACAAUAACACUCCCAGAAGCCCAAGAACUAUUAAGGAGAGGCGUUACUUUUGAUAAUAGGGUAGUCAUGGAAUGUGAAAAAUUAAUAGUGUCUACAAGCGACCCAACUUUGAUCAGUAUAAGCUCCAAAUUGAACAGCCUCAAAGCUGCGAUGGCAAAUCAUCAAGCUAAUUUAAUUGCUAGCAAACAAUUAAGUACAGAUAAGUAG